CAGAGAGGAGAAGGGGCUAGUGCAGCGGACGCCCCUAACAGGUUGGAGGCGCGCUGGACCUGCUGCUGGGUUCGCCGUUUGCCUCGGACAGGAUGGCCGCGGUCGCCAGCGCGGAGGAGCCGCCUGCUUCUCUAGCCCCAGAUACCGUUAGAGCGGCGAUGCUUGGAGCCACCGGGCUGCUGCUGGCGUUGUGGUGGCUGCUGGGCCGCCAGUCUCUGCAGCGACUUCCACCCGGCCCCAAGCCCUGGCCGCUGGUGGGCAACUUCGCCUUCGCCCUGCUGCCCAAAAGACUGCACGCCGUUGGUGUCUUUGCGCCCCGCAAGAAGGAGGCGAACUGCGACCGAGCCGAGGAGGGAAGGCCGAUGCAUGUGAUGCUUACCGGGCUGGCCAAGAUGUACGGCAGCAUCUUCCGAAUAGACUUGGGCAGCCACCACGUCAUUGUGCUUAACGACUUUGAGGCUGUCCGGGAUGCGCUGGUCGCUCAGGCCGAGAUCUUCAGCGACCGCCCCAGUGUGCCCUUGGUGGCCAUCCUCACCGAGAAGAAGGGUUUGGUGUUUGCACCUUAUAAUCCAGUGUGGAAAAAACAAAGGAAGUUUUCCCACUCAACUCUCCGUCACUUUGGAUUAGGAAAGCACAGUCUAGAGCCUAAAAUCAUUGAAGAAUUCAAGUAUGUGAAAGAAGAGAUCCUGAAACAUGGAGAGGAGCAAUUCAAUCCUUUCCCUAUUAUUGGCAAUGCAGUGUCCAAUGUGAUCAGCUCAAUGGCCUUGGGUAGGCGCUUUGAUUAUGAUGAUGCAGAGUUCAAGAACAUGCUAACUAUUAUAUCAUGGGCACUAGAGUUCAGCGUGAAUAGUCAGGCACUGUUGGUUAACAUUUGCCCGUGGCUUUUUUAUCUUCCUUUUGGAUCUUUCCGAAAAUUAAGGCAGAGUGUGCGGGAUAUCACAGCUUUCUUGAAAAACAUCAUUAAACAGCACAGGGAAAACUUGGAUGCCCAGGAUCCCCGAGAUUUCAUUGAUAUGUAUCUCCUGCAUUCAGAUGAGGAAAAGAAGAUCAAUGGGGAAACUAGCUUUAAUGAAGAUUACCUGUUCUUCAUUAUUGCAGACCUUUUUAUUGCAGGCACAGAAACUACAUCCAACACACUACUCUGGAGCCUUCUUUACAUGUCACUUCACCCACAAGAGCAAAGAAAGGUUCAAGAAGAAAUUGAAUUGGUAAUUGGGUGCAACAGACCUCCCACCCUGGCUGAUAAGGUGCACAUGCCCUUAACAGAAGCAACUAUUAUGGAAGUUCAAAGGAUGACAGUGGUUGUCCCUCUUUCUAUUCCUCGGAUGGCCUCAGAAACUACUGAGCUUCAGGGAUACACUAUUCCAAAGGGCAGUGUAAUCAUUCCUAACUUGUGGUCUGUGCACAGAGAUCCCAACAAAUGGGAAAACCCAGAUGAUUUUUGCCCAGCAAGAUUUCUGGAUGAGAACGGCCAACUUCUCAAAAAAGAAAUAUUUAUUCCUUUUGGAAUUGGCAAACGUGUGUGCAUGGGAGAACAGCUUGCCAAGAUGGAACUUUUCUUGAUGUUUGUGAGCCUUUUGCAAAGUUUCACCUUUAUAUAUCCUGCAGACUUAAAGAAACCAUCAAUGGAAGGAAAAUUCGGCCUAACAUUAGCUCCUUUCCCAUUUGAACUUAUUGCCUUAAAGAGAUGAGGAAACUUCCAAGAAAAAUGCUGCAUGAUGUUCAUAUUACUGUAUGAAAUUCAGGGCUAUAAAUGAAAUGUUCUUCACCAAAACCUAGUCAUUAGCCCAAAGCAGGCUAGGGAAUUUUCAGCCCACGGGGUGUUCAAAAAUUAUCAAGUACUUUCUCCUUUGCUUGGGCUGUUCCCCACUCGAUAUACUGAAACUCUUCAACUAUAGAAACAAACUGAAAUAUGUAAACCUCAAGAGCUGCAGAGUAACAAGAGAAAGUUGGGCAGCCACACUUAAAGGAACUAUUGAUUAUUAAAUGUCUUUUUAUAAUAGAUAAAAAGCAAAGGAAAAUACUGAAAAUCUAAUUUGCACAUGACAGUAUACAACCCCCCCCCAAAAAAAAAAAUUCAGAAAGCACUUAUGUAUUUGGAACUUUUAAAAAGACAGUUAAGAUGCAUAACAAGUUAUCUUAAAAACUUGAGUGGCAUUGCAAAUUGUCUUAAAAACCAGAGUCUGUUGGGUGUGUGUGUGGGGGGGUAGGGUGUCUUGUUGGAUAAGUCUAACUUGUCUUCACUUUCAGCAGGAAAUAAAACAAAACAAAAUAAAAUAAAAAUAGCUGUCCUGCACCUGCACCUAGAAUCCUUGGGCUGGAUCCUUUUACAUGCUUCAGGAAGGCUGCUUUUUAAAAAAAAAAAAAAAAAAAAAGGUAAAGCAUCAGACAUACUGUACAUAGACUGUUCCAUCCUUAAUAAAGGCAAAAAUUACUUUUAAAAGGUGAUAGAGAUGGAGUGAGGUCUCUGGGGUGCUGGAGAGGGAUAUUUUUGAUUCUGGAUGACCAUCACUGUGCCCAACUAUUGUUCCUCUGUGCUAAUCAAGAAAAGCAAAACAUUGAGUGGACUUCCACAAUUCAAUUUUUAAUACAUAUUUACUGAGAUUUAUCUCAUGGUAUCUCUAUUGUUUGCUAAAAGCAAAUGUUUUGUUGGCACAACUUAGGUAAUUUCUCAACUGCACACAUUCUGAGUUUCUGGCGGAACAGUGCUAAGCUCAACCUGAUUUAACCAGCAAGCCAUUCAUAACAUCUACAUUGAAAAUGUUUAAUACAUAGUGUAAAUGCCAUAGGAAGCAGCAUUAUCAUGAUCAAACUGUACUGCUUCAGGAAAACAAAGUAAAUACAAUGAUAAAUAGCUAAAAAAUAGGGUUUUAUUGGGCAGAAGAUGUACUUGCCUCUAGAACCUUAGUGCUCAGCCAUUUCUAUUGGAGAAUAGUCUUGACCAGUUAUAAUUAUUGUUCUGGCAUGAACUAUACACAAAAUAAUUCAAUUGACAAAUAUUUAAGUUUGAAUUUUGGGGCAUAAAGUUUAAUUUAAAAAGGCCUUUAGAAAUAAAAGAGAUAGGUAGGAAUGCAACCCUUAUUCUAAUCUUAUUUGCCAAAACAUUUAAGUCCCAUGCUUUUAAAUACUAAAACGUAGAGAGAGGAAAAAAAUUGCUAGUUCUUAUAUUUCCUAUAUAUUUCAUGGUCCAUAAAUGCAGAAUAUUUGAUGAACAUUUAGAUGCUAUUCAGCAUAAUAAAAAAGAUGUACAUGUAUUUAACCCCAUUUUUAUGCUCUACAGGAGAGAAAGAAUCCCUUAUCUUUUUCCCGUUCCUGUCUUCAUAGCAAUACAGAGACAUAAAUGAUGCACUUACUCAUGUUCAAAAAGAACUUUAUUUUGCAAUGUUUUAAUUAAAUUAACUGCAUUUUGAAAAAGAGAGAAAUUUUCCUGGGGUGAGGUAAGAAAGGUAACUAUUCCUUUUCAUGCAUGUUAUCCUAAUUAAAAAAAAAUCAUACUGCCAAAAUUUGGGGGUUGUAGUUUUUGAUGGAAAAUCAAAAGUAAUUGCAAUUGAAUGGCGGGUUUUCAUUCAUUUUCGGUUCACGGAGCAGCUGAAUAAUGGAUCAGCAGGUUUGAUGAACAGACUGAAUCAUUUUUUGCUUACCUGUGGUUUAUUGCAUGAACAAUAUUUAACUGGUUCAUACAAUAUAAUGUUAAAAAUUAAAGAAAGGGCAUUAUGAUAUAGUGUAAUAUGAAUUAACUUACAGAAUGAAUUAUCCUUUAAGAAGGAAACUUGGCCAUUUUCGACACUCCUUAUACUUCAAUUGCACUACUAACAUUUAGAUGAGUACUGCUAUGGCAGAUAAUUUUAUUGGGCAAAAUACAACUGAUCCUUGGUAUGGCAUGUGUGUCCUCUUGUAAUGAAGCAAUCUAUUACUGAAGCACUUUAUAAUUUUGUCAGAUUCCAGAGGUCUGUAUUUCUGCAUUUUAGAAGGCACUAAAGGCCUGUGUAAGAGCUGGGUGUAUUAGUUGUCUAUACCUUGCUAAUCUUUAUAUUGUCUAAUGUUUUCAAAAUGAAUGUCUUGUUUAGAAUUUUAGGAUGAGAAUGUAAAAUCCAAGAUCUGAAAUCAUGAAUUGCUUUUUUUUAAAAGGUGCCUAUUUAGACACAGUGCGAUAUAUGUUUGUCUAAAUAAUUUUUUAGAUAAAUAAAAUAAUAA